AUGGCUACCUAUAAGUCACAAUUCCCUCCUCCAAGAAGGCCGGAGGACCGAGCGCCCACCACUCGAUUACCUCAACGAUCUAUUACCCCUACGACUACGACUACGAUAACAGCUGGAGUGCCAUCCCCUGCCCAUUCUAAACUACAGAAGAGACGGCCAUUACAGGAGCAACAGGUGCAUCCAAGAGGUCCAGUAAGCCAGAAAGGACUUGUGCGAGCUGCUAGCUCUAUCCAAGGAGGCCCUGGCCGUGCUGCAACUUCGAAUGCUCAGAAGCCGAGCAUAACAGCCUCAAGACCGACACUGCAGACUUCAACAUCGCGUUUACCCAAGCUCGAUGUCCCCACAAGCAUACAGACACCUUCUCUCGCUUCGGGGUCAUCAGCAUCAACGAUCGAAAGCCCAAGGUCAAACGUAUUAAGGCGGAAGCAACCCAGUGUUGGAGUCUCCAGUAGUCGACAGGGUCUACGUAUCAGGGAUGAUUCAAUGUCUUCCCAAGAUGAUGUACAGUCAGCAGAUGGUAUUCCGGGAGGCUACAAAGAUCCAUUCUCCGAGACUGUGUUAGGCAUCUCUCUGCCAUCUUCCUCGACUAUACUGGCAGGUUCUAGUUCAAAUCCUAGAGGCGAUAUGUAUGGCAACGGUCUGUACGACUAUGAGAUUGGGCCAACAGACAUUCUCCCUGUGCCUACUCCACAAUAUGCGUUAUCUGUAACACCAUCAACUCGAUACUCGGAGUCUCCUGGAGCUUUCAGCACAUCGUCUACACCCACAUCGAUGUCUUCAUACUCCCCAGGAACUUCACUUUCCCGAACAUCCAUUCGAACGAAACAGAUCAGCCCUCUACAGAGUCGACCACCGGUAACACGACACAAAACUCCGGAUGAAAGCAACAGCCGACAUCCACACACGUUGUCUACCGUUCGCGAAUCAUCCACGUCGUCGUCAUCUGCCUCUACUGUCGUUGCAGAAGCUAAAACAAAAGAGAGAAAGUCGCCUGGCUCACUUGCUCCUCUACCGCAAAGCCCACAAAUUACAAGUACUAGUGAUUCCACUAGAAUGCCGCGCACCCAAGCACCCCCUGAGUUUGCUCACCUUGUCACUGAAUCGCCUGUCGCAAUAUCAACUUCUAGAAGACCGUCUAGACCCAGUAGAGAUGGCACGCCUGAGAUUAUGGGACUUCGAGGCCCCUCGCCUGUCAUACAGAGCAAUAUGAACCAAUUUCCUACUUCACACAGACGUACCAGCUCUACCGAUUCGAAGAAUGCGCCGACGCCAGCAAUGAACGCCAAAGUAACUGUGCCAUCGAAACCGUCUUCCCGCCUACCUUCUCCAAAUCCAUCUUCCGCCUUGCCGACAGCAGUUCGUAAACCUGUUCGUGGAACGACACCUGAUAAUCAAAAUGACCGCGAAGGACGAAGAACAAGCACUCUACCCUUGCCUGCGCCAGCCCCCAGUCCUUCCAAGACCUCAAGAUUUGGCUUUUUUACUCGUCGUACCAAGACUGAACCUGCGAAGAGUGAGAAUAAGCUUCCACGUCGCGGACCUGCAGCGGGAACUGGUCACGAAGGCUACGGCAGAUAUGCGGUUAGAGGUCGAAGCGGAAGUUCAGUGAGCACUACCAGUAUUGGACGUUCAGUCAGUGCAGGGACGACUGCCGAGAGCCUCGACCAGACCCCCUCGACUCGCAAAAGCAGUAUGACGAGCACAACAAGCACGGAAAUGGAUGACUUCUAUCUUACUCGGCUCGCCCCUGUCGUGCUUCGAGGUACAGGAAGCAGCACAGAGUUAUCGCACAGCCCUGAGCCCAUGCACAGCAGUAGUAGCCUCGAUGUUUCUUCGCGUUCGAACCUUGGUCCGCAGAAGCCUUCUGGCCAUGUCACGAAGGCUUCAGUCGAGACGAACCGGCCAACACUAUUACCCUCCGCCAUGCCUGACAAAUUGCGUGCAGGAUCUCCUAUAAAGAAGACGAUCCUGGGACUGCGAAGGCCAUCUGAGAGCGAUGACGACGCAAAGAAAUCAUUCUUGCCUACAUCCGCCUCGAACCGAACGUCUCGAGCCUUACAAGCAGCUCAAAACCCAAGCGCAUCUACUGUGCCAGCAGCUCGUGCUACUAGCAAAGUGCGCAAAAAUUCCAUCUCUGAGGUGAUUGCUGAGGGCAAGGAGGGGAGUUGGCUCAAGUCAUCCAAGAAGAGCAAGGCAGAGAAAGAUCAGACAAAGCCCUCCAAGCGUUGGAACUUCUUCCAGCGGGCACAUGCGACACCACGUGUACCUACGCCCGCAAUCACAACAGCCAGUCCGCCUCCCCAAAACGCUGCCUCGAGGUCUGUCGCGCAUUACGCACUGAUGGACCAGUCAGGACUCGACAUGACGGACAUCGAACAGCUAAUGCAAGAAGCCAAUACACCAGACGAAAGCACAGAGAGUGCAAUGUCAGACGAUGAGGUUGGAAGGAAGGAGAGGAUGCUGUCGAUGUUACUACCUGAUAAACCAACACUACCACACAGCUUUGCACCACCUGCACGCUCUGCCUCGCCACAGGUCACGCUGCGUCGAGACGUCGACACGCAGCAGCACAAGAACGGCUUGACCAUUGAUACGAACAUUCCUCCACAAGCGGGUGGACGAUAUUCGAUUGCAGAUCUCACUCCAUUCACAGAUAUCUCGCGUCCUUCGUCCCCAUUCCGGUCUCCGUCUCCACUAGAGAAAGAGCAAGUCGCAAUCCCAUCAGGUCCAUCCCUUCCUGCAGAAGAGAAUAUCCCUAAUUCUAUCGAACCGACUGAAGAUACUUUUGUUCUCCCCCAAUAUCUGCCAUCACCUGGUCUUCCUGCAGUUAGCCCGCCCCCACGUCCAAGUCGCUUGCCUCAAGUCGGUCGCAUACCUCAAGUAGUGUCGAGCCGUCGAGAGAUGCGCAGACCUUCCUCGCAGUCAUUCUCCCGGCCUUUUGUGGCUACUCAGCCUCGACCCAUCGCUCUUCCAAGGAGCUCGUUCGACUCUAUAGGUUCACUGGUGGCGACGACUGGUCCGGUUGAACCAUAUCCAGUUCUGCAUGGACUGAAUGCACUCACUCACGGAUCGGCUAUUGCUACUAUCAGUCCAUUCGACGAGUCUGAUCGCCAGAGCGAGUUCUUCAAGUUUCCCCCACGCAAAGAUUCCGAGGUGUCGUAUUCAAGCAGUUCGGGUGUUUGGAGUUUUGCGCCUGUUGCCAGUACUGCCGUUGUGCCAGAGGCAGGAGCUCCCCUUUCUGAAGACGAACUUUGGAACGAGUACGACGAUCUGAUCGACGAGGUGCUUUCGCCUGUGACUUCCCGUACGGAUGAGGAAUCAAGCACCAUUCGCAGUCAGCAUCCCUCGCUCGAGCCGUUGCCACUAAAUACCAAAGCACCACCGGUGUCUGCACAGUGUUCCAAUUCUGACAAUGAAGUCUCUAAUCCAUCGCUGCAUUUGCGCCGCUCGCGUCUCCUCGCUGUUCUACACUCCAACCAGUCGCCGUCCUCAUCGGUCUCCUUUCCUGAGUUUCUUUCCGACUAUGGGGACCGGAAGAUCAGUGUCAUUGAUCCUGUCACUGGCCGACUGAGCUUGCCAGCAAGUCCCAGUUUGUCCAGUGGUCCGAAUCCAAAGCGGGCUACUCGUUCAAGCCUACCGGCAUCCUUGCCACCGUCUACAUGCCAAUCGGAGGCCACCGUCAAUUCCAGAUCUAGCAAGGACCGUGACAGUGCGACUGCCAACAGAUAUCGCGAUACAAGACUGAUGGAGAUGGCCGAAACCCAAGCAGAUGGCCUUCUCUCAAUGGCCAACCUCCGCUUCGGCGCACUCAUGACAAGCAAAUGGCUUUCAUUUGGCCGUGUGCUCUUCAGCCCUGUGCACUUUGAACUGAAAGACCCAAACGAGGACCGUGUUCUGGUCAUUGAUGGACUGGGUAAAGAUUGGUCCUACUACUGCGCACUCACCUAUCCCGAGGCGACUGUGUACAACAUGAGCGACGAGCCAUCACCAGCCGGUUCAGAAGAAAACACGUCGGAAGCGUGGUCAUCGCUCAGCAAUCAUCGUCACAUCUGCCACUCGUCCCUCAAGAAGGCUUUCCCGUUCCCCAUGCACUUUUUCGCAUGUGUCGUGCUUCGCUUCCCUACCGCACUCCCCUCAUCCGAGCACCGGUUCAUUCUAUCAGAAGCCAAGCGAGUCCUGCGGCCAGGCGGCUUCCUAGAAUUCAGCGUCCUCGACAUGGAUCUCGUCAACAUGGGCAACCGCGCGCGGCGCGCCGUCCGCGGCCUCAAGAUGCGCAUCCAAGUCGCCAACGAAAACACUUCGCUCCGCAACAUCAGCGACGAGAUCAUGGCCGGCAUCGGUCGCAAGGGCUUCGUCGAAUGCAACCGCUGCAUCGUCGGCGUCCCUGUUGCCGGCAAGCUUCCCCAUCCCGACGACACUCCAUCCCCCCCAUCCAAGCGCUCAACCAGCACUACCAGCACCAGCGCCACCCCCAAACCCCCAACCCAGCUCCCCGCCCCCAAGCAGCCCAACCCAGAACUCUCCUUCUCCGACCUCCUCGACGUCUCGGCCUCGUCAGAGUCGACAGACACGGGCAUCACCGACAUGGUUGCCCGCGUGGGCCGCUGGUGGUACUCGCGCUGCUACGAGUCGCUCGUGCUGCCCGAGGCCGGGGCGCCCGGUGCGGCUGCAUCUGGCAAUCUGCUCGAGACCAGUCUCUGGCGCGACGAGGGACUCGUGCGCGAGUGUGAGAGGCGCGGGACGAGUUUUAAGCUGUUGAUUGGGUAUGCGCAGAAGCCUACGGUUGGGCUUCGGCGGACGGUUAGUGUUUGA